GGACGGACACACAUGAACCGGAACUUUAGUCAGCGUAACGUUUGAAAAGCUGCGGACGGUCUGUUGUCGGCUUUAUGCGAUUUCUUCACAAUGUCUGCUAAAUUGAAUGCUUUGAACAGCGAUUCUUACGUUGAUAUUAGUCAAUACAGAGACCAACAUUUCAAGGGGAACCGCUAUGAUCAGGAGAAGCUGCUGAAACAGAGCCACACUUUGUAUGUUGGGAAUCUCUCCUUUUAUAGCACCGAAGACCAGGUCCACGAGAUCUUUUCGAAAAGUGGAGAAGUGAAGCGCAUCGUCAUUGGCCUGGAUAAAGUCAAGAAGACAGCCUGUGGAUUCUGUUUUGUAGAAUACUAUACACGUGCUGGUGCAGAAAAUGCCAUGCGCUUUAUUAAUGGCACACGGCUGGACGACCGUAUCAUCAGGACAGACUGGGACGCUGGCUUCAAGGAGGGACGGCAGUACGGCCGUGGCAAAUCUGGAGGACAGGUGAGAGAUGAGUACAGGCAGGACUAUGACCCUGCCAGAGGCGGCUACGGUAAGCUAGCUCAGCAGCAUCGCUCCACAGAGGCACGUAAUAGUUUUUAGGCUGAACUCCACCACAACAGUCCGCCUGGAUUACACAGAGCCACACCCUCAGUCCUGGACCAGAUUCAUUCUCCAAUGAUGCCAAUUCUCACCAUGCUACCACAGACUGUUUGUCCCAAUUCUACCAUUUAACUCUACAGAAGAUCUGCAUGGACCACCAGAACAUUAGGAACUGCUAUUUAUUUUGUUUGUGCUCUGAUUGCUUCUGACUUUCAUCUCUGCAAUAGGUCUACAUGGUAGCAAAAACUAAACCUCAACGUCCCUGUGUGAUAUUUAGUGAUAUUUUCAUUACAGUAAAGUUUACAGGCUGGACAGGCUCUUAUUACGUGUAGGGACUGUGUUGAUAUAGUAUCAAAUAUCAAGACAACAUGAUUUAGUUGAGUCUGCAUGUCAGGAAGCAUUCUGUUAUCAUCUUACUGAUUUCCAUGAAUGAAACUGUUUCCCAAAUUGGGUAUACUCUUUAAAAUAAAGAUUCUUUUGACAUUUUUAACAAACCAAAA